ACCCUCAUUCUUGUUUACGAGCGUAUCUACCUUUCGAACGAAUGUAACGAUUCGAAAGUGUUCGAAAAUCGUAUUCUUGUUUUCGUUCGUAUCCGUAUCGAAUCCUAUUCGAAUGCGAAAAAGUGUUGCCGCAUCAGCACGCUCAUUCGUAGCAAUUCUAAACUGUCAAAACACGAAAAAAAAGAAAAAAGUCUUGUUUUUGUUUAUUUUUACGUGAUUGCGAAAAAUAAUUACACAUCCGACUUUCUGAGGAUACAACUGGAGCCGAUCAAAUUUUUCUUCGUUUGGUAACCGGAUCGUACCGUUUAGCAGCAAAAUUUAGUGGUAAGUAUAACGAAACAUUCUUGGUUGAGUAAAUUAAUUGCCAUGACCUGUUUAUAGAAAUGGAUACGGUGAUGCUGGCCAUCGCGGCGGAGGACGAUGAGAGGGAGUACAUGAGAAGGCAGCGUUCUAAUUUGCGGAAGCGGUACGAUAUUUUGGAGAUGCCGGAUUCUGAGUUUAUCAAGAACUUCCGUCUAAAUAAGCCGGCGUUUUUGUACAUCCUUGGCGAGAUCAAGGAUGAAUUUCCUCCUCAAAAGCAAGGAGGUCUUUCUGUGGAACGCAAACUUGCUGCUUCCUUGCGCUUUAUGGCUGAAGGUAGCUACCAACACGGUGCCGGGAAGGACUUCGACGUAGCCGUAGCCCAGCCAACGUUUUCGAAAAUACUCACCGAGAUGGUCGAUGCUUUGGAAAAAAAGAUAUGCCCACAGUGGAUAACCCUUCGGAUGUCAGAUGAAGAAAUGCGCCGAGCAAAAAGAUAUUUCUACGAAAAAUCCGGCAUCCCUGGAGUCGUAAUGUGUGUGGACGGGACACAUGUUAAAAUAAUCCCCCCUACCAGAAAUCGUAACCUUUAUUACAACCGCAAGGGCUUCUACAGUUUGAAUGUAAUGAUGGUUAGUCAAUUGAUCUUUGAUUAUAAAUGUAUUUCUUAUUGUAUUUCAUCUUUUAUUGUUUUAGAUGUGUGAUGAUGAACAUCGCAUUCGUUUUGUCGACGCAAGUUACCAAGGUUCAAAUCACGACUCACAUGUAUGGAGACUGAGUGC